AUGGCGUCAAGACUGUUUUACCGACCUGGCUUGUCAACAGCCAUAUCAUUUCGAAAUCAUCGUUUUGUUCGGAAAAACAACUGCUUCCUUUCCUAUCUGAAAGAGGGGAAAGUGGCUGUUAGACUCGCAAAUGCUGAUGAUUUUGAUGACAUAGUAAAGCUGUCGAAGAGGGUGGAAGACAGUUUCGACUAUGUUCCCUACAGGUUCUAUAAGUGGCUUGCGGCACCCAACAGAAUCACUAUAGUUGCCGAGAAAGGAGCGAAAGUGGUGGGUUUUAUGGGUUGCAGCGUCGUUGACGGGAAGGAGUCGAUGGUUCUUGAAGCCGCAAGAGUUGAUCCUGAUCAUAGAAAUCAAGGCAUUUACAUUUCUCUUAUCAGUUUUGGGAUUGAGCAAACCCGGGAAGAAUUUCCGACAGUGGUGCGCUUAAGGUACUCGUUGUGGUCUGGAAGUUACAAAGGAAUAAAAAAUGCAGCCCUGAAAUUUCAGCUGGAAGGUAAAGAAGUGCAAUGUUACGAUUUUCUAACUUACAAAGUUGAGCCAGAGCAUGUCAAUUUUGGAUGCAAAAUGCAAAACUGCCCGAAACUUGUGCCGUGCACAAAGGAUGCAUUCCAAAAACGUAUCCUUGACAAGGCUGUUACCACUGCGCUAUUUUCUAAUAAUAUUCUUGUUGUUGACUGGUUUCCUUUUGAAGCCAUCCCAUCCAAUAUCGAACACAUCAUAUUGUAUCAGGAUCGAUAUUUAAUCGAUUUGUCAAGCGGUUGUCAUGGAAACUUGACACCGUCGUCUCUUAGUCUUGGAAGAUUCGUGAAGGUUAUUUCUGGAACGUUAUGGACUUCAACAAUCUAUGCUAAGGACUCAAAGCUUUGUCAGUCCCAUGUGAUCCAUCAGUUGAUGAGUGCCUGUGCAAGUGCACAAAGGAGCUUCCUGUUUAGCUCCUAUCAAGAUCCCUCUCUUACCGAGUAUUGCAAAGAAGCUCUGAAGGACUUUCCGGGCGUUAAAAGUAUGAGUAAUGGCGAAUCUAUCCAAAAAAUGUAUAUCCUUGAAGUUGACCUGAGAGGUUGGAGGCAUCGCAAUCGAUGA